AUGACUCUGGCGUUAGCCUCAGGAAUGAAAAGCGGGAAGCCCCCUGGGUGCUGGCGCUCGGCCGGCCACACCAUCCGCAGGGUGUGGGAGGUCAGCUGUGCUGGAGACGCCUGGCCUGCCCAGCUGUCAGGGCUCUGCUGGGGGGACUUCGCCAGGCAGCCUCUCGAGAAUCUGGCUGUGUUGUCCUUGAAUGGCUCCCUCCUGGUCCACACCUGCACGGCCAGCCUGGCAGCUCAGGCUCUGGGGGUUGCCCCCGACAACCACAUCCAGCUGUCUGUGGGGGGACACGAACCCCCCAGGGCCGGGCUGGAGGUGGCCCUGGGCCAGUGUACCCUGACCGCUCGUGGGGAUAUCGGUGCUGAGGCCAACACCACUCACACCAACUGGACCCUGUCCCUGGUGAAUCGCUGUCCUCUGCUGGAGGUGACGGGCAUCCCGCAGGCCCUGCACUCCGAGGGCAGCCUGAGCUGGGGCCCCUGCGAGGUCAGUCUGGCCACGGGCCUCCGCAGUGACCAUGGGGAUGCCCACCUGCAGCUGGCCCGCACCUGUGGGUCCCAGACCUCGGUCAUCGGGCGCCUGGGCCACUCCCUGCCCCUGCUGGGCCGCCUGGGCCUGCCACCCAGCAGCGCCAUCAGCCUGGCUGUCCGGCCCCGCCCUGCCGCCCGCAGCUCCCUGGCCGUCCAGCUGGGGCCAUGCCGGCUGCAGGGGACGCUGGAUCACCGCACUGGGAACCAGAGCGCAUGGACACUGGCCACCGAGCCCGGCUGCCCCCUGCUGGAGGGCCUGGGCCUCCCAGAAGGGACAGAGCUCAGUGGCUCCCUGAAGACCGAAGGUGGGGAAGCAGAGGUGUCCGGGGCCCUCGCAUGGGCUGGCCAGACCGCCUCCCUGACCUUGGCGGCGGCCGUGCACCAGUCCGAGGCCACACUCCGAGUGAAGCUAAGUCACGUGCUGCCGGCACUGCAGACCGUCCCCCCAGAGGCCUUGCUGACCGCCCAGCUUGGGUGGGAGGCCGGGCACCGGCUGGGUCUGGAGCUACAGGUGGGGGCCUGUGAGCUGCAGGGCAGUGGUGAGCUGCACCUGGACCGUGGGCUACAGUGGCAGGUGCUCGCCCAGAGCUCCUGUGAGGCCCUGCAGGCCCUGGGGGUCCCGGGCCGAGUCAACAGCUCCGGGACCGUCGCCGUGAACUCUGUGGCUGUGGACGCCUGGGUCCUGGUCACCAUCAACAACAGCACACUGCAGGGGCUACUCAUCCUCAAGACUACGGAGAGCCAGCAGGAGGUGGAUAUGUUGCUCACACACGGCCCGCCCCAGCCCAGCCCCUCGGGCCUCCCCGCCAGGGUGCUGCUGGAGCUGCCCACCGAGAGCCACGGACCUGGCUACAGACACGCCCUGCGGGUUGGACUGGACGGCAGACAGGUGUCCGAGGAGCUGACGUUCACUCGGCGGCCAGAGCGCAUCUCCCUGGACUACACCCUCGAGCACAACAUCCCCGUGCUGCGGACACUGUGGGUGGAGGACAAGCUGGGCCUGCAGGUCAGCCUCGGCGAGCGCCAGUGUGCUGUGGGUCUCUGGGAGCCAGAGCUGGGCCGGUCUGGCUUCCUCUGCACCGGGCGAGCCACCCUCUCCCGCAUGUCAUUCCAGGCCUCUGUGGAUGUUCCCAGCAGCGGCUCCAGCUUUGAGCAUUCUGGACGCAUCUUGGCAGGGCCCACGUCCCUGAACUACUCCGUGAGCUGUUAUCACCGUGCUGGGCACCUGCAGCUUGCUGGCUGGAGUGAGCACAACAGCGUGAGCCUGUUGCAGGCCGGGCUCCCGGGCAAGGCCCGCCUGAACGCCAAGCUGCAGACACACGAGACCCAGACCCGGGCCAGCGUGGCCCUCCACGGAGGGGAUGGUGGUGUCGGCGUGGACGUGGCAGGCCUGGUGUCCUGGCCGACAAAUGGCUCCCUGGAGCUGGUGGUGAACGCCAGCCACACGGCCCCUGCUCUCCAGAGGCUGGGCCUGCCCUUGACCAGCCAGCUCGUGUUCCAGAAGCUCUGGGCAGAGGAACAGAUGUGCUCUUCCCUACGGCUGACCUGUGAUUCUCAAGCCAGCCUGGUCCUCGACAUGUGUGGCCAGAGCCAGGCGCUCCGCAAAGAGCUGCGGGUCUCCGGCCGGCACCACCUCCCCAUCCUCCUGGGCCGCUGCCCCAGCCGAGCCUCAGCCUCAGCCAAGCUACAGUACUCGGAGCAUGAGGCCGAGAGCAUGAUUUUCUUGGCGGUGGAGGAGCAUCAUUUCCACGUGGGCACCAGGCUGGUGACUGCAAAGGCCAGUGUCACCAACAUCAUCAAGCUGGAACAGACCUUCCCCCAGUUCAGCAUCCUUCCUAGGGAGCUGGUCCUGCAGACCUUGUACGAGAGAGCCCGUGGGACCCACACCCUGCACCAGACAGUUUUGUGGGAUGACCAGGAGGCGGUCCUCAACGGGAGCCUCUCCGAGCCCUUCCCCAGGCCCGCUGGGAACCUCAGCCUCCAGGAGCUCAGCCACCCGCUGUCCCCGCCGUGGCGCGGCAGCCUCCGCCUGUCCUGCAAGCACUCACCACGGGAACACCGGGGCGACCUGGCCGUGGGCUGGGAUGGCAAGGACCAGGUGGUGGUCUUGUCCUCUCUGCAGCUGGGGAAGGGCAGGCUGGCCGCCCGCCUGGCCCUGGCUCACCCCUUCAACCUCUCCUGGUGGCACAUCGAGGUCAGAGGCCUGGCUGAGGGCAGGGGUGGCCAGCAGAGCGGGCAGGUCCAGUUGGCCUGGGACAGAGGGCAACCCGUGACCUUGCACCUCACCUGGACCAACAGGUCCUCGGAGUUCAAUACCAUCUGGGAUGGCUGCCUGGCCGCCUCCCCGGGGCAGCUCCAGGAAAUUUGGGGCCUGAGUGCCCUCCGGGCCUGUGGGGCCUUAACACAGACCUUGGCCGUGUUCAGCGAGCAGCUCGAUCUAUCCUGGGACCGACGCCGGGUGCAGCAGAACCUGACAUAUGAGAGGCAUUGGCCAUCCCAGGCAGACAGGAUCCACGCCGAGGCCGUGCUCGAGCACAUCUUCACUGGCUCCUGCACCACGCAGAGCUUCCAGGGCGAAGUGGGGACCGACUACACCCACCGGCUGCACCAUUCCCUGCACCUGGGGCUCUGCGACCUGCCCAGGGCUCUCUCAGUCUCUGGGGAACACACCCUGGGUCACAACGGGUUCCUGCUGUAUUCCCGCUGCCAGAUGGGCCUCGCCCCGGACCCAGACCAUGGCCUGCACCUCAGGCUGACCCUCCGCAACCACAGCAAGCCUCGGGCACCAGACUUCUCCGGGGAGCUGGAGAUCCUCAGCCCCAAGGCUCAGCAGCUUGGCCUGCGGGGCCGGGUCUCCACCUCGGCUUCUCGGGGCAGCGUCCAGCUAGAGGGAAUUGUGGACGAUGGGGACGAGAAAAUGAGGCUGUCGUUGUCCCGGGCCCAGAGCUGCCUCCAGGCCGCUGUGACCCAUGAGGGAGGGAGCCGAGAGGAGAGCGUGGUGCUGCGGGCAUGCGCCCACAGGCGAACGGCCGAGGUGGAGGCCCUGGUCCAGGAUGGCGGGCAGCCCGUGCAGCCCCUGGGACGCCUCAGCCUGCAGGCUGCCAACCAGAGUCUCCGCCUGGAGGCACAUGGCUGCCCGGGAACCCUGCUGGACCGCGUGGAGUCCAGGAUGGCAGCCAUUGGGGCCCAGGUGGGAGCCCAGCUGGAGAAGAAGAUCCGAGGCUUGGAUGCCUACGUGGAAAGUUUCCGGCACCUGGUGCAGCCGGCGGGCACCCUGGACAGUGUGGUGGGCCCCCUCCUGCAGUUGUGUCACAGGGGACUGGGAGCCAUGGUGGCGAGUGGCCGGGCGGUGGCCGCGCCAUGGGGCCAGGCCAGGCAGGCGCUGACACACCACUUGCCCCCCUACCUGGAGAGACUACGGGCGGGGCUGGAGCAGCUGCAGAACGAGCUGGAACGGCCCCUGGCCACACUGAAGGACGCCUACCUGGAGGUGACCCCACAGCCCCUGGACGAGGUGUGGCGGGAGCGGGCGGAGGAGGCCGUGCGGCUGUGGCGGGCCCUGGGGCGCAGGCCCAUCGGGGCAGCCAUGGAGCUGGCCGCCCACCAGAUGCUGUCUUGGGCCGAAACCACUUUGUCCCGGGCCCUGCGGAGGCUCUGCAAGCCCUUGCUGGCCCUGUACAGCUUCUCAGCCAGGACCCGUUCGGUGCGGGUGACUUUGCCGCUGCUGCCAGCAGGGAACGAGGCCCUGGCUGUGGCCCAGGUGACCGGCUAUGUGGUGGAGAAGCUGCUGCGGCCGCUCGGAGAGUUGUCCAGGACCAACGUGCGGGCCGAGUUCUACCGGCUCCAGCGUCGCAUGCUGCAGAGCCCCCGCGAAUACCAUGCUGUGGUGGCCGGGGCCAGGUAUGUGGUGACUUUUGAUGGCCAGGUGUGGAGCCUGGGUGUCCACUGUGGCCGUCUGCUGCUGGCCAAGGACUUCGCCCACGACACGUUCGCGCUGACGCUGAACCGCGCCCGCUCGGGGCUCCUGUCCCUGUCCGUGGAGCUGAACCGCACCACCCUGGUCCUCUACCCGAGCCUGAAGACCUACAGGCUGUAUGAUUCCUCCUCGCCUACGGAGAGCUGUCCACACGUCGAUCUGCCUCCUGCCAAGACGAGGAGGGGUGUCCCCAGGAUUGAGCUGACCAGUGAGGAUGGCGUCUCUGUCACCUGUGAUGUCCGAGCUGGUCUCUGCAGCCUGACUCUGGGCCUCUGGCUCCACGGGGUGUCUGCGGGCCUUCUGGGCACCAAUGACAAUGAGGCGGGCAAUGAGCUGAUGUUGCCGGAUGGCACAGUGGCCCAGAGCCUGGAGGAGCUCGCCCUCGCCUGGCAGGUGGGUGGUGACUGCAGGGCCAUGGAGAAAACUCAGGAGUGCCCAGGCUGGAGCCCCACCUGCUGGGCCUUCUUCCAGGACCCCCGUUCCUGCCUGGGGAACUGCUUCAGGGUGGUGGACCCUAUGCCAUUCCUCAGCCUGUGCAUCCAGGACACCUGUGGUACCCAGGAGCUCCACCCUGCCUGCAACCUGGCAGCCGCCUAUAUCCACUUGUGUGCCCGGGGCUUCGUGCCCCUGGACCCUCCUCCACAGUGUGUUUGAGACUGUGCCUAAGCCAGCACCGGGCGGCCAAGGAUUUCAGACUCCUUCACCUUCUCUCACCAAUCCCAGCUCCCCAGCAAGGCCAGGAUUCUUGGCUGGGACAGAAACACCAGCAUGAAACGCCAGGAGGGUCAGGGAUCACGCUUCCUCCACAUACAGCAAAGGAGAGCUCGGAGUCGAGGAUUUCAAAAUACUUCUGGGGAUAAUGAGGUUCACAGCUGGUCGGGAGGAUUCUCUCCCUCCGUCUACACCUGCACUGCUCUCUAGGAGACAGCCUGGCCCCCUGGGCCCACCUCUGCAGAUGGACCUCCAUUCCAGCAACUGUUCUUGUGCGCGAGGUUUUCUCUCUUGCUCAGCUGCUAUGUCUGAGGCCUCCACUGUGUGAGCCUGGCCUGCCCUGGGGUCUUCCUGGCUCGGGAUCGGCUUUCCCCGCCCUCUACAGCAUCUCCCUUAAGACAUGAGGCUCCUUGAAGUGGACUGAUGGUCCCCAAUUCCUUCAUCAUAGGCCUGUUGGGAGAGUGUCCCUCUUUAGGGUAGAUACUGAAUCUGGAACUGAAUUGUUUUUGGGGGGGCACUUGAGAGGGCCUUUUUGAGGGGCUGGUUUCCACAAACACCUGCUAGGGGCACCCAGGCCCCAAAGAUACAGCCUUCAAAGCUGUUCACUUUCUUUGGGAAGGCAGACUUGUCCGUUAACUUUUGUACUGAAAAGUAAAUCCGGCAGAAUCCCUUAACACAAACACUGGAUUGAUGGGGCUAAUCAUCCACUGGAAUGAUAGGAGUGGCUGUGAAAUCUGCCCACCAGUAGGAGGCCCCCCAAGCUCUCUGUACCCAGAGUCCUAAGGUCCCGAUUCUGGAACAAAUGGCAAAGCAUCAGACACCAGGAAUGGGUCAACCAGAAUGUGAGACGCCAGAUUCAGGUGCCCAGGCCUCCCCACACAUAAAUCCCCAGCACACAGCAGAUGCUCAAUAAAG